GUAAUUCUCUUUAAUUUACAUUCAACAAUAGUUUCAUGCAACAUUAGAAGUUUGUUAAAAAUACAAGAAAGUAUUUAAUUAUUAAGAAGACCAUCUAAUAUCUCAAAAUUCUGAUACAGCUCUUUAAGUGAGUGAUAAGAUAAAUAAAUUUUAAAACAUUCUCUUUAAUAGUUGAUAGAUUUAAGAUAAUGAUUAAGAUGACAUUCAAAGAGUAAAAUGUCCUGGAAUCAACACGUAACGAAACUCGUCGACAUACCUACUGGCGAGGGAAAAUGUAUCUUUGCAGCUUUUCAUAAAUUAAGCGAUGGUAAAUGUUUAGCACAAGAGCCUUCUCACAGUCCAUCGGUAAGUCCGGAGGAAAUAAAAAACAUCAAAAAAGGAUUUGACUCUCCAGAAAUGCUAUUCUCAACUGGAGUCACACUGAAAGCUCUUCGUUUCAUUUAUCUAACAAAUAUAGAUAAUGCUAUUCUGGCAAGGAAACGAAAUCUUGGUUGCAUUUUAAUCAAAUGUCAAAAUAACAAAAUUGUGUUGAUAGGUAUUCAUUCGUGCAAUGAGGCGACCAUCAAUGUCUUCAAGCAGAUGAAUGAAGUUGUGGAAAAAAGCAAGGAUGCUUAUUAAUUAAUUAUAAUCUAUAAAUUAUUAAAUUUAUAAACGUUUAAUUCAUAUUCAAUAUAAUUAAAUCAAGUUUCAGGAUAUAAUUUGAAAUUAAAACUGUUAAGAACCGAAUA